AUUAAGCCAAGCGGUGGGUUCUAGGUUAACAUCACCAACUAUGCUGCAGUUCACCGUGGUUCUGAUGUUAAUCGCUUCACUAACAGAGACUUUCCCCACUAGCAGUCUCAGAUACUCCCACUAUACCCAAGGGGAGAGUCCAGACAAUGCAAUACUAAAAGUCUUGAGAGAUUUAUCCCUUGCAUCAACAGAGGGCCCACCCCCUGACAAACUUCCUGCUCUUCUACCCAAUGACGUAGACAAACCACUGCUAGAGGUGGAACUACCCAGAAGGGUGUGGUGGUGGUGGUACCCAGCGAAGCCCCACCCACAAAACAGGAUUCGUCAGAAUCGAGCAUGGAGGUCCUCAUACAACCAUAACUCCUUCGGCCUACGUUACGGGAAAUGAUAGUUAUUAGGAUGGGCUCUGCGUCUCUCAGUUAUGUAUUUGAUUAUAUUUUGAACAGUGCCUGACAAUAUGAUGUAGGUAGAUAUAUUAAUGUGUAAAAAGCAGACAAAAUUACAAGGCCUACACUUGAAAUAUUGCUAUAUCAUCUAUGACGAUUCAUGACAGCUAUUGAUGAAAUGACUUUAUAAUGAAUUUACAAUUUCUUGUUUACAACAGCCACUCUCAUGUGUUACCCAUAUGUGUGUGUGUGUGUGUGAACCCUAUGUUUUGCAACAUAUUUCCGUUCUGAUAUCUGUGAUAGUUUUAUGAAUGCAACUGGAAAUCAAAAAGAUGACACCAUUCAAUA